AUGAAUACGGUUUUGAGAGAGAAGAAGAACAGAUGGAGGAAGAAAACUUUGAGAGUGGCCUGCUGGAAUAUCAUGUCCUGGAACACGAAAUCCCAUGAAAUAUUGUUGGAGAUCAGAGAACACAAGGUGGACAUCUGUGCACUAUCUGAGACCAAACGGAAAGACAAGGGUACUGUGAAGUUGCCGGGAUACAUCUUCGUAUAUGGUGGUGUAGACCAGUGUAAGAGAGCGUCAGCUGGUGUAGGGAUCCUGGUCGCAGAGAAAUAUGAGCCAUUUAUCGAUAACAUCCAAUACAUUGACGAGAGAAUACUUGUGCUGUCUUUAAACUCAGAAUGCGGAAAAACACAUAUCAUAAGUGUCUAUGCCCCAGAUAGUAGUCGGAAAAAGGAAGAAACAGACGCUUUCUAUGAAAGGGUUGAGGCAGAAGUAAGAAGAAUACCUUCAACUGAAAAAGUGAUAAUCUUGGGAGAUCUUAAUGCCCGAGUGGGCAACAAUGUGUUGCCUGGGAUAAUGAAUCGAUUCAAUGAAGAAUAA